CACCCCUUUACCCCCUUCCCUCAUCUCUCCUCUAUCCCCACCUUUUCUAUACGCCCUUUCUCUCCUGUCUCCCCCCUCCCAUCUUCUACGACGUUCUUCUCCCUCCCCUCUUCCCCAUUUUUCUCCUCCAAACCCAAGCUCAAACUAUGCAGACGGAAGAGUGAAGACUGUUGAUCUAAUUCAUUUUUUUACAACGAGCAGCAAGGUUUUCAAUGAGUUAAAUGCAAACAAAGAAACUGAACCUCCAACGGGAAAAUUAUCUGAAAGAGGUAGGGUGAUGACAUGUUCAAUUUGUAAACAAAAGGGUCAUAACAAGACAAUUUGUCCAACUCUUGGUCAAUCUGUUAGGGCUGGAGGACAUGGCAAAGGUGGAAGAGGUGGAAGGGGUGACCGAGGUGGAAGAGGUACAACAAGCAUCAGCUAUACAACAAGAGAUGAAGAAUUAGUAGAAUAAAUUAAUUAAGUAGCCUACUAGCUGUUAAAAAUAAUUAUGUACUAUGUGUAAGAAGAACAAGAUGGAUACUUUGACAUGCUUGUAGUUCUUUAUCUUGGAAGGGAUGUUUUGCUUUUUUUGGAAGAAAUGUUUUGUCAUUUUGGAAUGGCUGUUUUGUUAUUUUCUGCUCAUUAGUUAAGAGCUGAAUAUUUUUAUGUAAAAAGGCUCAUUAAUUUAUUAUUUCGGAUGGUUUGAGC